AUGGCUCAAUACAGUUCAAUUCUUACUGUAAUUGGGCUGAUUUGUGUGCUCUUAUCAUUUACCACUAAUGCAACAAAACAGAACAAUUCACAAAUCUAUAUUGUUCACUGUCAGUUCCCUGAUGGGGAAAGGACUGCCAAAUACCAAGAUUUAGAAAGCUGGUAUCUUUCUUUCUUGCCUACAACAACCUCGGAUAGUUCUCGUGAGGCACCACGUUUGAUAUAUUCCUAUCGAAAUGUCCUAACGGGCUUUGCAGCUAAGUUAUCACAAGAAGAUAUAAAGGAAAUGGAAAAAAUGGAAGGAUUUGUUUCUGCACACCCCGAUGAGAUACUUAAUUUACACACCACACAUAGUGUCAAUUUCAUGGGGUUGCAACAGAACAUGGGGUUCUGGAAAGACUCAAAUUAUGGGAAAGGCGUGAUCAUAGGAGUUCUAGAUACUGGAAUUCUUCCUGAUCAUCCUUCAUUUAGCGACGUUGGGAUGCCUCCCCCACCUGCUAAGUGGAAAGGAGUUUGUGAGUCCAAUUUUACGAACAAGUGUAACAAAAAGCUCAUUGGAGCGAGGUCUUACCAACUUGGCAAUGGUUCCCCGAUAGAUGGUAAUGGACAUGGUACACACACAGCAAGCACAGCUGCAGGAGCCUUUGUGAAAGGUGCUAAUGUAAAUGGCAAUGCUAAUGGCACUGCAGUUGGUGUUGCUCCUCUUGCCCAUAUAGCCAUAUAUAAGGUAUGUGGUUCCGAUGGCAAGUGUUCUGACAGUGAUAUUUUAGCUGCCAUGGAUUCAGCUAUAGAUGAUGGAGUAGAUAUUCUUUCAAUGUCCCUUGGUGGAGGUCCAGUCCCUUUCCAUAGUGAUAAUAUUGCUCUCGGGGC